AUGAGCUCUGUACCGGAAGAUCAUGAAGUUGUUGGUCCCAAGACAGAAGAGGACCUUGAACGGGGCAAUGGCUUCACUAACCAGCAACCUAGUGAAAAAGACUUGGAGAGAGACAUGAAUUUUCAAAAGAAAUACCAACCUCAAAAUAAACCAAAGGACUAUACUCCAUUGCAAACAUUGUUGUUGGCUUACCAAUCUCUAGGAAUUGUGUAUGGGGACAUUGGAACAUCUCCUCUCUAUGUGCUAUCUUCUGUUGAAUUCAAGGACCCUGUUGAAGAUGAUAUACUGGGAAUCUUUAGUCUCAUCUUUUGGACCUUGACUCUCAUCCCUCUCAUCAAAUACGUCUUCAUUGUUCUUCGAGCAGAUGAUAAUGGAGAAGGCGGUACUUUUGCAUUAUAUUCAUUUCUCUGUCGGCAUAUAAAUUUCAAAACUAAGCUUUCCAUUCAAAACACAAGAUUAGCAACUGAUGUUAGUAAAAGAUUUUACACCGAAGGAAGUGCCAUCAAAUCCAAGACCAAGCAUUUCAUUGAGAGCAGCCCAGCAGUUCAGAACUUCCUGACUUUCAUUGUACUACUCGGAACUUGCAUGGUAAUUGGCGAUGGCGCUCUCACUCCUGCCACUAGUGUUCUCUCAGCCCUUCAAGGAAUUCAAUCUCUUUCCACAAAGAUAACACAGAAUUAUAUUAUUAUGAUAGCUGUUGUACUUCUGGUCAUCCUCUUCCUUUUCCAACGAUUCGGGACCUCUAAAGUUGGGUUCACUUUCUCCCCAAUCAUGCUAUUGUGGUUUGCUACAAAUACCGUGAUUGGUAUUUACAAUAUCUUUAAGUACUAUCCACCCAUAUUGAAGGCCCUGUCACCUCAGUAUGCGUUCAUAUUCUUUUCAAGAAAUGGCCGAUCUGGAUGGACAGUCCUCGGUGCAAUAUUCUUGUGCACAACAGGGGGUGAAGCCAUGUUUGCUGACUUGGGCCACUUUAAUAAAAGGGCGAUUCAGCUAUCCUUUUCUUCAUUUGUAUACCCAGCACUGGUCAUCACGUAUGCAGGCGAAGCAGCUUUUUUGAUAAAAAAUCCUCAUGAAAUACACAAUGCCUUCUACAGUGCCAUUCCGCAUUUGGUAUACUGGCCAAUGUUCGUCAUAGCUACCUUGGCUGCAAUUAUUGCUAGCCAGUCCAUGAUAUCGGCAAGCUUCUCUAUUGUGAAGCAGUCUCUAGCCCUAGGUUGCUUCCCUCGGGUUAACAUGAAGCAUACUUCCUCCAAGCAUGAAGGGCAAGUCUACUCUCCCGAAAUCAACUAUAUUCUCAUGAUUAUCUGCGUCGCCCUGGUCGUAGGAUUCAGGAACGGUACUGAAAUAGGAAAUGCAUACGGUGUUGUGGUUAUCUGGGUGAUGAUCAUAACGACAUGUUUGGUGACUCUUGUGAUGCUAGUGAUUUGGGACACAAAUAUUUUUCUCAUAAUUGCAUUUUUUGUGCCAUUUAUGGUGAUUGAAGGCAUAUUCAUGACAUCCUUGCUUAACAAAAUCCCACAAGGAGGGUGGGUACCAUUUGCUAUCUCAGCCUUCUUCUUGGUAAUCAUGUUGUCCUGGACAACAGGAAGAAGCAGAAAGAGUGCAUACGACAUGGAAAGGAAACUGAAAUCAGUUGAAUUAGAAGAAAUGCUAUCAAAACCUAGUCUUCAUAGACCACCCGGUAUUUGCUUCUUCUUCACCGACCUUGUCAAUGGGAUUCCCCCAAUCAUUCGACACUACAUUCAGCACACGAGUUCUGUCCGCAAAACUAUGAUCAUCGUCACCAUAAGAACUCUCCCGAUAAAGUCUGUGCUCCCGGAGGAAAGACUUGAUGUGGGGAAAUUGGGGGUUGAAGGGUUGUACAGGUGUUUGGUUCAGUUCGGUUACAAGGACUCGAUGAGCAUGGAAGGAGAUGACUUUGUGGCCUCCGUGGUGGCUAAACUGGCAGAGAUCGCUGAGUCAACAGAAGAAGCAAAAAGACUAGAUGUGGCGGUGGAGGAGGGAGUGGUGUUUGUGACUGGUCGGACUAUUCUCAAGUCGAAAAAGACCAAUGGUUGGUUCGAUCACAUAAUCAUAGACUGCUUGUACAGGUUUUUCCAGAAGAAUUGCAGGUCUGCGGUUGCAUCGAUUGAAGUCCCCCCUGGAAAGACAUUGCAAAUUGGGAUGCUUUAUGAAAUCUAGCUAGCUAGGAAGGACCAAAAUGAUCAGAUGAUUAGUUUCUCAGAACUGUCACCUUUGUUGCAGCUAAUCAAAUUCCUAGUAGAGAGAGAUAUACGUCAUAUGCCUCUAAUAAAUGGUGUUGUAGAGGUAACUACUAUGCCAUGAGUUUCAAGGCAAUAUCAGAUUGUGCAUGUAAUAUAUGCACACUUAGUAUCCAAAGUAUGUGUAAUAAAGCUUACACUGAACAAUGCUUUUGUGGAAGAAG